AUGGCUUUGAGGGCAAAAGUGGGCGACAAAGAGGUUGUGUUGACUGAUCUGUGUUUUGAUCCGAUGAUGAAUAAGAAGUGCGCGAUUCAGACACCGUUGGGUUGGUUUCAGAGCAACGGAUCACUACUGGACCGGACGUACGACAACUCGGGCGCUGUGUAUAACUAUUUGGAUCAUGUAAUUAAAUGUACGGGUGAUAUGGUUGCGCAGAUAGAUGGCAAUUAUGGUGACCUGUCGUGUGCCGGCAGGUUUGGCGGACCCAUGUUUCCCAAUGUAGUGUUAGCCGACUUUAACGAGUCUAUGCCAGAGCCCGACGCCUUUCUCACCGCCCGGUCUGUUGUCAUAACAGUAUUGCUUAACAAUCAUAUCGAGGCCACAGAUAAUGCCGAUGCCAUGGCGUGGGAACAGGUGUUUCUUGAUUUGUUGCAUAGCUAUAGUAAUCCUAACUUUACUUUUGUUUAUUAUUCUGAGCGUUCAGUUGAGGACGAGAUAAACCAAUUAAGCAAAUCAAGUAUCGGUACGCUUGCCAUCAGUUAUAUUGUUAUGUUUGUCUAUAUAUCCAUAACUUUGGGUCGUUUCACAUCAAUGAAGAGAUUAUUUAUCGACUCAAAGAUAUUAUUAGGUUUAAGUGGUGUCGCAAUAGUGUUACUAUCGGUCACCGCAUCCAUAGGUUUAUUGAGUUUAUGUGGCGUUAAGUCAACGCUUAUUAUCGUCGAAGUCAUACCAUUCCUGGUUCUGGCCGUUGGAGUCGACAAUAUCUUCCUUUUGGUUCAGAACUUUCAGCGCCAGUCGUUUGGCAAAGACGUGGAGAUAUCGGAUCAGAUGUCGACUGUCCUCCAGAGUGUGGCGCCGUCUAUACUAUUGGCCACAUUUGCCGAGUCGUCGUGUUUUUUCUUGGGUUCACUCACUUCUAUGCCCGCCGUUCGGGUCUUCGCACUCAACGCUGGAUUAGCUCUUGUCAUAGCAUUUAUACUACAAAUGAUUGUUUUCAUACCAUUACUAGUGUUCGACACAAAGAGACAGUUAGACAAUAGAUAUGAUCUCUUGUGUUGUGUUCGACAACACAAAAAAUUAGAUGACUUGGAGGAAGACCGACAUAAAAAUGGUAUACUUUACACAUUCUUUGAACAAAUUUACGCACCAUUUCUGAUGAAAGACUUCAUCCGAGUAUCUGUCAUAAUAGUAUUCAUGGGAUGGUUGUGUGCGUCCAUCGCUGUGAUCAACAAACUGGAUGUCGGUCUCGACCAGAAGCUAUCGAUGCCUUCGGACUCAUAUCUGAUCCCAUAUUUUGACGCUCAGAUGAAUAGCCUGCGAGUGGGAGCGCCCGUGUAUUUCGUGGUGAGCGGUGAAUACGAUUACGCGCAUAAACAGGACCUGAUAUGGGGCGGCGCCGGAUCUUCGCCGACCUCUCUGUCCUAUAUCUUAAUGGAUGCCUCAAAGCAUUCAAACGAGACAUACAUCUCGAGUACUGUUCCCAACAGUUGGGUCGACGACUACAUGGAUUGGGCUAAUAGUGGCGGCUGUUGUCGACUCCAUAACCACAAUGAGUCCGACUUUUGCGGAUCCACUGAUGAUAGAGACGGCUGUAAGAAAUGUGAUAUUGUUUUCGCUGACCGUCUGAUCAUCAAAGAGAACAAGUUUAACGGCCCGUAUCUCAAGUAUUUCUUGGCCGACAUUCCCAACGCCAAGUGUCCCAAAGGUGGUGGACCCGCUUAUGGACCGUAUGUUCACUUGGAUUAUAGUCACAACACCACAGGUCCUGUUAAGGCUUCUUCAUUCAACGCAUACCAUACGGUGUCUAAGAAUUCACAGGAUUUCAUAUCGUGUAUAAAAAACGCCAGAAUAUUAGCCCAAACUUUGACACUAGCUAUUAAUGCUCUCAAUACCGGCGAUGACCCGUAUGUUGAGGUCUAUCCCUAUAGUGUUUUCUAUGUGUUUUAUGAACAAUAUCUGACCACUUGGAGUGACACUAUCUUCAAUCUGGUCAUCGCUAUCGCCGCCAUAUUUGUGGUCACUUUUAUAUUCUUGGGCUUUAAUUUAAUGGCAUCACUCAUUAUUGUCAUUACAAUUAUGGCCAUUGUUAUAGACUUAAUGGGAUCUGUGGGCAUUUCAGUGGAGUUCUGUUCGCAUAUAACGCGUGGAUAUGCUAUGAGUUUGAGGACCACUCGUGUGGAGAGAGCGGAGGAAUCGUUGGCCAGAAUCGGGUCAUCGGUUCUGUCGGGCAUAACAUUCACCAAAUUGUGGGGGAUUGUAGUCCUGGGGUUCGCGUCGUCCAACAUAUUCAAGAUAUUCUACUUUCGUAUGUAUUUAGGGAUUGUAGUGAUCGGCGCCGCACACGGACUCAUACUCUUACCCGUUGUGCUCAGUCUUAUCGGUAGUAAUCUUAGGCACUCGACGGGUUGUUAUGAACCGGAAUUCAGUUGGAAUAUCACUUCCAGUCAAAGAGUGUCCAUUCAAUUAGAAAACGAAGACCGUAUCGAUUAUUUUGCGCUCAUAUUGUAUGGCAAGCAUUUGAUGACACACUUGUCGAGCGGCGAUAUCGUAGUGAAGGCUCGCGUCCAUAAGUCCCGUACAAAGUGUUUUGUCGACACUGACCGACGAAUACUUAUCGUAGUGAAGGCUCGCGUCCAUAAGUCCCGUACAAAGUGUUUUGUCGACACGUUUGACACGAUUGACGGCAAUCCAAACAAAACCAAAAUCUCGUUUAAGUGUCUGUUAGUGACCGACGAAUACGUUUACUUAGAGAACGACUCUUUGCGAACGGAUCCCAUAAAAGUGAUCUCAUUUGACAUUCAGACAAAACACAUAUUUUUAGUGACGUUUUGCUCGUUUAAGUCCUAUUCAUUGAGCGAGUCGUGCGGUUCGCCGGAAAAGCCGUUGCAUUCAAUUGAAUUGAUUCGCGAGAAGUCGUUCACAAUCUAUGGCUGCGACGAAGACUUUUAUUUGGAACCGAUUGACAGCCAGAAAGUGGUUUGCGAUGCGUUCGGCAAUUGGAGCGCAAAGUUUCCCCAAUGUUUGGCCAAAUAUUUAUGUAGUUUACCGGCGAUUGACGCCAACGAUCGCUACAUUAAAGUCGAGUACAAGUACUUAAACUAUUUGAACGGAACGCCAAACGCCGAGACCGGUUCCGAAGCCAUCUAUUCGUGCCGUUCCGGCGAUGAGACAGAUGUUGAGCUCAUCGGCGAUAAUAAGAGAGUCUGUAUUAAAGGCUUUUGGAGCGGUUCUCAACCCAAGUGUCUUAAGAAAGGCACAGACGCACUUAUUGGUUUGAUUGUCUUUUUGGUGACCAAAUAUGUGGUGAAAAACAGACACCAGAAGGAGAAUGAAAACCACAAACAGAUGCCAUCAAUAGUCGCGGACGAAACCAAUGGCGAGACAAACAUUUACGAUGAAUAUCAAUACCAAUCCAUAGGAAUUCAUGCGCUGGAGGAAUACUUAGAGUUAGAGGAAGCAAACAAUGGAUCUAAUUAUGAAUGCCUUACAUCUGAUAAUUAUGUGAUUAUGAGAGCGCGGGUUGACUGA